CUGAAGUAUCGAUAGCAAUGGCAGGGUUGCCAAGUCAGCCGCAUCUGCUACUGCGCAGAUAUAAACAAAAGAGAAAACAUGGAUUGUGCACCGCUGAAUUUGGCUCACUUCCAUGAACGGCGCUCCGAGCGUUUCAUUCGCAAUCAUCGCUAUGAGGAUGCCAUCAAGGCUCUGGAAACGUCACUAAUCUACAUGCAGGACGCCUAUAAGCGCGUCGCCCUGCCCAAAUCGAAGGAAGUGCUCGACACCCUGACCCUUGACUUUCAGCGAAAACUGCGGCAGAUUGAAAUGCGCAAAACGCAGCACGGGCUGACUAAGGUGAAGGAUUUUGUGCCACUCAAAGAGGCCAGCCCAAUGCUGCCCCUGCGACAGGAGAACAGCGGAGGCGGCGGCAGCGGUGGUGGCGCCUCGUCUUCCGCCCAAUCCGUUGCAAAGGCCAUUGACAAGACAGUCCAGGAAUUCGAUGCCAAGUUCAGUUCAACGGUGACAAGCACAUCCCCGACGAGGAAGUGCGAGCCCCAACAGGAGUUGCUGUCCAGAAGUGAUCCCCAGCGAUCGGGACUUGAAGAUCAAUAUCGGAGCAGUCUGGAGCUAUCCGAUGAUAUGGAUAUGCCUUCAUUGGCACCACUAGAGCUACCCUCGUUCGACUACAGCCUGUUCUGCAGCUCCUCGGCUCCAUCGUUGGCCAGCUACGCCGGCUUGGCCGAGGGCUUUCAGAAGUAGAUUCGAUUUUUUGUGAUUCAUAAUUUUAAAAUAUUAUUACUUUUUAAUGUA